UUGGAAAAUGGGAGAAUUGCUUCUCUUUGGCUUAUUACCCUACAGACAAGUGUAUUAAACUGAACAGAAAAUGUUUAAAGAAAACAAAAACAAAAUCUAGCAGUACAGAGUGGUAGCACGUGGGACACAUUUUGGGGUGAAGAGAAUAUAAAUCUUCUACUGAGUGAAAAAAUCUUUCUUAAAGUUACAUAUAGUCCAAGAAAAAAACCCCAAAUGUUUUUAUAUUUUGUUUGAGUAUAAAAUUAAGCAAGAAGUUUCCAUAAAAGCUUCGUGGCCGUCACCAUGUUCUGGAAGUUUGACUUGAACACCACAUCCCACGUCGACAAACUGUUGGAUAGGGAGGAUGUGACGUUGCGAGAGUUAAUGGAUGAAGAUGAUAUCCUGCAGGAGUGCAAGGCUCAGAACCAGAAGCUGCUGGGCUUCCUCUGCAGGCAGCGGUGUAUGGAGGAGCUAGUGAGCCUCAUUACACAGGACCCGCCCCUGGACAUGGAGGAGAAGGUCCGCUUCAAGUAUCCAAACACAGCCUGUGAGCUGCUGACUUGUGAUGUGCCGCAGAUCAACGACAGACUAGGAGGGGAUGAGACUCUGCUGAACCUUCUUUACGAUUUCUUGGACCACGAGCCGCCUCUCAAUCCUCUGCUCGCCAGUUUUUUCAGCAAGACCAUUGGUAAUCUCAUUGCAAGAAAAACUGAACAGGUGAUUCAGUUCUUGAAGAGGAAGCACGGGUUCAUCAGCCUGGUGUUGAAGCACAUCGGCACCUCGGCCCUCAUGGACCUGCUGCUGCGCCUCGUCAGCUGCGUGGAGCCGGCUGGGCUCCGGCAGGACGUCCUGCAUUGGCUUAAUGAAGAGAAGAUCAUCCAGAGACUCGUGGAAUUGAUCCAUCCGAGUCAGGAUGAAGAUAGACAGUCCAACGCCUCUCAGACCCUCUGUGACAUCAUCAGGCUGGGCAGAGAGCAGGGCGGUCAGCUGCAGGAGGCUCCGGAGCCCGACCCCCUCCUCACAGUGCUGGAGUCGCAGGAGUGCGUGGAGCAGCUUCUGAAGAACAUGUUUGACGGAGACCAGACUGAGAGCUGCCUCGUUAGUGGGACUCAGGUGUUACUUACCUUGUUGGAGACAAGGCGGGCUGGGACAGAGGGCUUGGUGGACUCCUUUUCUCAGGGACGGGAAGGGCUGUGUACUGUCAGCAGCGGUGUACUGCACGGCAUUGAGCCACGGCUGAAGGACUUCCACCAGCUUCUGCUCAGCCCGCCGAAGAAAACAGCAAUCCUGACCACCAUCGGCGUGCUGGAGGAGCCUCUGGGGAACGCCCGUCUGCACAGUGCCCGCCUCACAGCCGCGCUGCUGCACACAAACACGCCCAGCAUCAACCAGGAGCUCUGCCGGCUCAACACCAUGGGUUUGCUGCUGGACCUGUUUUUUAAGUACACUUGGAAUAACUUCUUGCACUUCCAAGUGGAACUAUGCAUUGCCGCCAUCCUGUCCCACGCUGCCCGGGAGGACAGGGCGGAAGCCAGCGGACCGGAGAGCGGGGUGCAGCUUCUGCCCGGGAACGGGGGCCCAGACACCACCCCGCCUGCCGCCAGCCGCCCUGAGAGCACAAUGGUGACCCACCUGUUCCAGAAGUGCUGCCUGGUCCAGAGGAUCCUGGAGGCCUGGGAAGCCAAUGAUCAUGCUCAGGCAGCGGGCGGCAUGAGGCGCGGCAACAUGGGCCACCUUACCCGGAUCGCCAACGCGGUGGCGCAGAACCUGGAGAAGGGCCCCAUGCAGACCCACAUCAGCGACGUCAUCCGAGGGCUCCCUGCGGACUGCCGAGGGCGCUGGGAGAACUUUGUGGAGGAGACCCUGGCGGAGACCAACCGCAGGAACGCUGUGGACCUGGUAAGCACCCACCACCUUCACCCCUCGAGUGAGGAUGAGGACAUGGAGGGCGUUUUCCCUAAUGAGCUGUCCCUGCAGCAGGCUUUCUCCGAGUAUCAGGUCCAGCAGAUGACGGCCACCUUCGUGGAUCAGUUUGGCUUCAACGACGAGGAGUUUGCUGACCAGGAUGACAGUGUCAAUGCUCCCUUUGAUAGGAUCGCGGAGAUCAACUUCAGCAUUGAUGCUGACGAGGACAGUCCCAGCGCAGCUCUGUUUGAGGCCUGCUGCAGUGACCACAUCCAGCCCUUUGAUGAUGACGAGGAGGAUGACAUCUGGGAGGACAAGGAGAUGCACUGCACUGCCCGGGUGACGGCCAGAGCCAGGUUUGGGGGUCCUCACACCUCAGAGAGCUGUUCCAAGAAUGGCCUGGAGCGUGGAGGCCAGGACAGGAAGGAGGGUUUGGAAGCAGACAAGGAUGCCGCUCGGGCAGGUGCCCCUCUGGCUUCUACCCAGAAGGAAGGUCCUCGCUUGGAGGGUGGCUCAGAAGCAGGCACCUCGUGGACGGUGUUUGACGAGCCGGUGAACUCGCCGGCACCGGCCCCGGGAGUGGCGGUGGAUGUGGGUUCCAACGUGUGGGCAGCCAGCACCCCCAGCUCCUCGGCUUUGGAGGAAAAAGGCUGGGCCAAGUUCACCGACUUCCAGCCUUUCUGCUGCUCCGAGUCGGGGCCUAGGUGCAGCUCCCCAGUGGACAUGGGCCACGGCGAUGCCCAGGAUGGCCCGAAGCAGGGCCCCGAGAGAGCCCUAGGCCCGGCUUCCCCAUGUGCCUGGAGCGCCUGUGUCACCAGGAAGGCCCCCUUGGUGGUCUCCGACCACAGUGAGGACGAGCAGAAGAUGGCUGGUGCCUUGGAAGCUGUCAGUCUGGGUCCCAGCCGGGAGGCUCCCCUGCUGCCCGCAUCAGUCCCCAGACAGGAUGGGGGUGUCUGAAGACCUCGUUGGGCCACGUGAACUCUGACUGCAGGCAUCCUCCCAGCAAGCUUCUCCCCACGCAUCCCUCCCUCAGGCACAGGAAGAAGGUCCAGGCCUUUGGGAUCUAUCGUUGGACCGACCCCUGGCUGGGUCUGGUGGGCUGGGGGGCGGGGAGUGGGGGGAGUGUUAAGGAGCUGUGAGUUGUGAAAAUAGGGAACUGGGGGCCGGUGGGCACUUGAGAGAGGUGGUGGUGGAGCCGAAGCUUAUAGGGGCAAGGGGGAAGGUCCCCCGGCAGAAUCCCAGCAGGAGGGGACAAAGACCAGGUACAUGACUGCGUGAGUGGUGUGGUCUCUCCUUCCCCCACAGCCCGCUGCCCCAGCCCUGGGGGUCCCAAAUGGUUUUGGGGCUUGGUCCAUCCCAUUGGUGGGGGUCUACUCUGGCUCACAGCACACUCGUUCUCAGGACCUCAAACAACAUGGCCUGUCCUCGUUAGCCCCCUGCCCUUGGGGGGCACAGCCUGGAGCCAGCGGGGUCUCAGUGUUUACAAGCGUGGGUCAGACGAGGGGGCAGGGCACCAGGGCCCAUGCAUGGUGGCUCUUGGAUUACAGGUGCACAUCGGGUUCUUGAAUGGGUUUAAUUCUUUCUCAAAGUUCAGAAUCACUGCAAGUCUUAAAACCUCUUCCUUUUUUCCUGACUCCCCCACCUACAAACCACCUCUGCUCUGAAAAGCAAGUAUGGUCAUUGUGAAAGCAAGCAUGCAUUUCCAGGGCUGUCUGCACCAGCAUUCCCAGCCAGCCUGUGGGGAACCCCCAGGUGAUGCCCAUCUGGGCCAACACGUGGUCACCAAGGCUUAGGGUCUGUUUCUUAUGCUGUCCGUGGCUGCUCCACCCUGCCUGGCUCCCAGGGGUCUUGUGUGGUUGGAGGUGGUCUCACAUGUACCAGAAGCAAGCACUGGGCAGGUGUGGGCUGAAUGGGGAGCCACGGGCUCACUCUCCUGCUGGGCUGCAGCGAGGAGGGCCAGUGUCCUGAGGUCACCUAUUCUUGCCCUCUCCAGGCGUGGGAGGGAGCGUUCCUGGGCACAUGGCCUGCGGGCCCUCCCAUAACCCGGCGUGGGGCUGGGGGCUGUCUGGAGAGGGACCAGGUGUCGGGGGGCAAGCUUGGGAUGCGCGCCGCCUGGAAGGUCUGGGGCCUCAGUGGACAGGCAGGUUGUCUGGUGCUUUUAGCACUUGGGGACGCAGAGCUGCCUUGGCCA